AUGAUAUUUUUAUUUAUACCCAUUAAUUCUUUCUUUAAUCUUUUCCUCACACUUUUUUUUCAUGUCUCUCGUUAUGCUACUUGUCAUCUGGUCCUUUCGUCUUUCUUUCUUUCUUUCCUCCUUUCUUUCUUUCUUUCUGUCUUUCUUUCUUUCUUUCUUUCUUUCUUUCUUUCUUUCUUUCUGUCUUAUUUCUUGAUUGAUUUGUUCUCCUUUCUUUCUUUCUUUCUUUCUUUCUUUCUUUCUGUCUUUCGUUCUUUCUUUCUUUCUUUCUUCCUUUCCUUCUGUCUGACGUUCUUUCUUUCUUUCUUUCUUUCUUUCUUUCUUUCUUUCUUUCUUUCUAGGUUUCUUUCUUUCUUUCUUUCUUUCUGUCUGUCUGUCUUUCUUUCUUUCUUUCUUUCUUUCUUUCUUUCUUUUCUUUCUUUCUUUCUUUCUGUCUGUCUUUCUUUCUUUCUUUCUUUCUUUCUUGCUUUCUUUCUUUCUUUCGUUCUGUCUUUCUUUCUUUCUUGCUUUCUUUCUUUGUUUCUUUCUUUUUUAUUCUGUCUGUCUGUCUUUCUUUCUUUCUUUCUGUCUGUCUGUCUUUCUGUCUUUCUUUCUUUCUGUCUUUCUUUCUUUCUUUCUUUCCUUCUGUAUUUCUUUCUUUCUUUCCUUCUGUCUGUCUUUCUUUCUUUUCUUCUGUCUUUCUUUCUUUCUUUCUUUCUUUCUUUCUUUCUUUCUUUCUUUCUUUCGUUCUGUCUUUCUUUCUUGCUUUCUUUCUUUUUUUAUUCUGUCUGUCUUUCUUUCUUUCUUUCUUUCUUUCUUUCCUUCUGUCUUUCUUUCUUUCUGUCUGUCUGUCUUUCUUUCUUUCUUUUUGUCUGUCUGCCUUUCGCUAUUUCCUCCUUUUUUUCUUUUUCCCCUCUUUCUGCCGCUACUUCCCUAUAUUUUGGUCGUAACAUUUUUAUUUUUUAUUUUUACUUUCUGUCUUUUUUCAUUCUUUCUUUCUUUUCCUAUUUCCUCUUUUUUCUCUAUUCUCCUCCUUUCUGUCGCUAUUUCCCCAUAUUUGGAGCGUAUCAUUUCUUUCUUUUUUUUCUUCUUUUUUUCUUUUUUUCUUUCUUUCUUUUUACUUUCUUUCACCGAAAUUCUUGUCCUUCUUAUUUCUUUCUCUCUUUCCUUUUUAUUUAUUCAGUCAUAUUUAUUUAUUUUUAUUUUUUUCUAUUUUUCUUCAUCAUUCAAAUCUUCACACGUCACUUUUUUCUUAUUUAUUUAUUCAUUUAUUUAUUUCCCUCAUUUAAUAUUUUCAUCCGUUUAUUCAUAAGCCACCUUUAUUCAUUUAUUUAUUCAUUCAUUCAUUUCUUUGUUUCUUUCCUUCGUUAUAAUAUUCUCAUAAUCUUACUCAUAAAUAACCUUUAUUAUUUAUUUAUUCAUUCGCCGCUUUCUUAA